CGAAGAACAAAUCAGAAUGGAAGAUGUUAAGCGAUUUACGGAGCAGAUACUUCUUUAUAAGGAUGGAGCACCUGUCACGGUUCCAUUCUGACUGUGCGUUAUCGAAUUCUUCUUUCCAUCCUACCCAAUCUUUGCGAUGGUUGACAGCGACAGGGGAGUUUCAAAGUACCUGAGCAAUUGCCACCGCCGACAUUUGAUCACACCCGAAGUGGCCUGAAGACUCGGAUAGGGACUAUUCGAAACAUCAGAGAAGCCACUUAAACCACCGACUCAUCCACCAUGCCCGAAGAAUCGGCUCAUCAGGGAAGCGGUGAGAGUGUCGAGGCUCGAUCUUCAACCCGACUUGAAGCGACGGAGUUGGACGGUCCGAUAGGCUCAAGCCAACCCCAGAACAACGAUGCCCGAGAGGAGGGACAGACUGUCAUGGAAGACCAGACAGUCGAUGUCUACAGUCGAUUUAGCCCAAUGCGAAAACUUGGGAUAGUCGUCACUCUUUGCUUUUGCGGGUUCGUUACCCCCAUCAGCUCGACAGCCCUCCUCGUGGCCAUUCCCGAGAUUGCCCUGGCUUUUGGAACCACCAGUGUCAUCAUCAACAUUUCGAAUGCCAUGUUCUUCGUCUUCAUGGCUAUCAGCCCCAUCUUCUGGGGCCCGCUUUCCAACUGUUUCGGCCGCCGCUGGAUCUUUCUCAUCUGCAGUGUGAUGCUCAUAUUCUGCAGCAUCGGGACAGCGGCGGCACCCAACUUGGCUGCCUUUUUCGCCUUCCGCAUGCUUACCGCGUUCCAGGGAACGGCGUAUCUAGUCGUGGGUUCAGUUGUCAUUGGAGAUAUUUAUCCUCCGACUGAACGUGGACGGGCUCUGAGCUGGUUUCUAUCGGGUAUCUUGGUUGGCCCAACCAUGGCGCCUUUGCUCGGUGGAGUUGUCAUCACGUUCACAUCGUGGAGGGUCAUUUUUUGGAUCCUGACUGGGCUCUCAUGCUUGGCCACAGUACUGGUGGUAUUUCUUCUACCUGAGACGAUCCACGAAAUGAAGCCGAUAAGCACCGAAGGAGGAGUCUGGAACUUUGUUAUCGAGCUGGGGAUCAUCGUCAACCCGAUGAUGGUAAUUCGACCCUUGGUUAUUUACCCGAACCUCUGGAUCACCGCUUUGGCAGUCUCCGCCCUUAUCUGGAACCAAUAUUCAUUACUCACACCGAUCCGACACGUUUUGAACCCACGAUUCGACCUCACAUCACCACUCGAGGGUGCUCUCUUCUACUUAGCCCCCGGAGGAGGAUACCUCAUUGGCAGCUUUUUCGGCGGCCGCUGGUCGGAUUAUACGGUUGCCCGGAACAUUGAAAAGCGAGGACGCAGAGUUCCAGAGGAUCGUCUCAAGGCGUCAAUACUGGUCAUGAUCGUGGUAGUGCCGGCAUGCAUGAUCCUGUAUGGAUGGAGCGUGGAGAAAAGGUUUGGGGGUAUCCCCUUUGUGGUCAUCGUCAUGUUUCUGCAAGGUUUUUCGCAGCUCUUUUGUAUCCCGAGUCUCAACACGUAUUGCAUCGAUGUGAUGCAAGACAAGGGGCAGAGCUCUGUGGUUGUGGCUGGGAAUUAUUUGUCAAGAUUCCUCUUCGCUGCUGCGGGAACUGCUGUGUGUUUGCCGGCGAUUCAGACUAUUGGGGUCGGCUGGUUCAGUACGAUUUCUGGGCUGUUUAUUUCUGUGACAGGGUUCAUGAUAUGGUUAUUGACAAUUCAUGGAGAGAAAUGGCGUCAAGCGAGAGGCAGUUGACCAACGGCAAUACAUCUUAGAAACGAUGAGAUGACGAAACUUGAAUUUUAUGAGAAAUACUGAGAGUUGACAUUUAUUUUCCUUAUUUUUAAUGAAGCAUAAUGCCUAAUGAGGUUUAUGGCUCUUGUUUAGGGGAGGGGAAUGACAAUGGCUAAAGAGGUCUGUUGCUCUGAUUGUUCUUAUUGUUCUAACUUGUACAAAGUCAUAGGAAAUUUGAUCCCCAGUGACGCCCUCCAUUUGACUCUCAGGGGGAGGACCGUCAUCGCUCUUCCUGGUCUGAGGUUGCGCAUUUCCUCCGACCCACGGCCGCCUCGUGCCUGCUCUUUCUAUGGGGCAGAUCCUAACUUGAAAAAGCUUUGUCUCGAGAGCUCUCAAAAUGGGAGUAUUGCUAUUCGCACACACACCUAUUGAAUUAAAAUUCAAGUUUCGUCGUCUCAUCAUUUCGUCGUCUCAUCAUUUCGUCGUCUCAUCGUUUCGUC